UUUUUCAAAAAUAAAACUAACUAGACAAAAUAUCAACUAGUUAGGAUAAGUUAGGAUAAGGGAAAAUAUUUUUGUAGUUUUUUUUUUAGAUAAAAUAAGGUAAAGAGAGCGAUACAAAACCUAAACUAAAUAUUUACGCUAAAAUAUGAAAAAUCUUGAGAAGGCUCAAAAAUCACAUGUCUACAAUUAGUUUUAAUAAAGAGUUUAAUUGGUUAUAUUUUGGACAUAUUUUUAUUGGUAUUCAAUAAAGAGUUUAAUCUAUCUAAGUGAAAGUUGUGGCAACUUUAUAUAUUUUAUGUAUAUAGCCAAAUGAAAAACAAAUGUUCACUUCUUAAUUUGAAAAAAUAAGAGGAAAUACAAUGAAAUUUGCCACUACGUAAACUAUAAAAAGGAAAAAGAAACCAGAUCCAGUUCUAGAAUUCAAUUCAAACUGCUCCACUGAACAAAAGAUGCUUCUUCCUCGCUCCAUCUUGAUCUUCACCGUCGGCCUCCUCCUCCUCCUAUCUCCGUCGUCAUUACCGUCGAUCGAGGCGGCGGAGCAGAAGCAACAGUUCGCUGUCGAUGGGAAAGUAUUGGAACUUGAAGAAUCCAACUUGGACGCUGCAAUUUCCACCUUCGAUUAUAUGUUGGUCGAUUUCUAUGCUCCUUGGUGUGGUCACUGUAAACGUCUAUCUCCUGAGUUGGACAAAGCUGCUGCCAUUCUUGCUGAACUGAAGCAGCCCGUUGUAAUUGCAAAAGUGGAUGCUGACAAAUACAGUCGUGUUGCUUCAAAACAUGAAAUUGAUGGAUUUCCAACUUUGAAGAUAUUCAUGCAUGGAGUUCCAACAGAUUAUUAUGGACCAAGAAAGGCAGAUUUACUUGUGCGAUUUUUGAAAAAGUUUGUUGCUCCUGAUGUGGCCGCACUCAAUUCCGACUCAGCUAUUAGUGAAUUUAUUGAAGAAGCGGGCAAAAGUUUUCCUUUAUUCAUAGGCUUUGGCUUGAACGAGUCUGCCAUAUCACAUUUGGCGGUGAAAUACAAGAAAAAAGCAUGGUUUUCUGUGGCAAAAGAUUUCUCAGAUAAAACAAUGGAAUUCUAUGAUUUUGACAAAGUACCUGCACUGAUAGCCCUUCAUCCGAGCUACCACGAACAGAGCAUCUUCUAUGGCCCCUUUGAAGAAAAGUUCCUUGAAGAUUUUAUCAAACAGAGCUUGCUCCCUCUGGCUUUGCCUAUUAAUCAAGAUACUCUGAAGUUGUUGAAAGACGACGAGAGGAAAAUUGUUCUAACAAUUGUAGAAGAUGAGAAUGAUGAGAGGUCAAAAGGAUUAGUAAAACUCUUGAAAGCUGCUGCAUCUGCAAACCGUGAUUUGGUGUUUGCCUUUGUUGGGUUCAAGCAAUGGCAAGACUUUGCUGAGUCAUUUGAAGUAUCUAAGAAAAUUAAACUACCAAAGAUGAUUGUGUGGGAUGGAAACGAGGAGUACUUUUCAGUAAACUCGAAACCUUCUGUUCCUCUCCCUGUGCAAGUCAUCGGCUCAGACAGUGUUGAAGAGGAAAAUCAGGGGUCCCAAAUUACGCAGUUUCUUCAAGGAUACAAGGAAGGAAGUAUUAUACAGAAACGUAUCACUUCAGAUUCUUAUAAGGCUUUCAGAAACUCAAUGAUUGGGAUUGGAGCAGUUAUUCUUGUUCUCGUUGUGCUACUGGUGGUUACGGUCAUGCAGUCUCUUAAAGAGGAGCCCUCAAGAGACCACGUAGAUCAUCCAAGUAGUUCUGCAUCUCCAUCAGAAGCACUUCGCUCUGGAGACAAAGAAGACAAGAUAGACUAAAAUUUUCACUUUGGUGAACGUCAAUCCCAAUCUGACCGAGAUAAGUUGCUUGAGAAAUCUUUGAAAAGAUGAGCAAUCGACAUGGCAGUCACUGAGUGGUUCAACCAUGUUGGUAACCAUAAUCAUCGUAAGCCAGUAUACGAGCAACUAUAGUUGUAAGAUUGCUUCUAGCGUUUUCUGCAUCCAGUGAUAGGAAAUGAAUACUCAGUGCAAGGAUUUGUUGACAGUAACGGUUCUGAAAAUGGAGACAAAUUUUGUUUCGUUCUGUGUAAAUGAGUUCAAGACGAAAAACAAAAAUGCUGCGAGUUCUAUUUCGCAGCUUGUCCACUGUUAUAAUAAGAAUAUUUAUUUAGAAGCUAUUGUAGAUCAGGCUAGAUAUUGAAGAUUUUAAUGUAGCCGUAAGGUUGAUACAGAGGAUGAGAUCUAUGCUACAACGCAGACAAAUUUGAUACUAAAAUUUACUUUUUCUUUGUUGCAAA